CGCCGUUCCCGGCGCGGCUGCCGGAAGGGAUUUUGCGCCCUUCCGCCGUGGCGUCACGUGACAUCCCCUCGGUAACGCAAGAUGGCGGCGCCCAUGUUGCUGCCCGAGUCCCCUCUGGGGAAGUUGAGCCAUCAAAAAUACAGAGCUAUUUUGAAGAAAGAAAAGCGAAAAAAAAAGCGACAGGCGCUUGCCAAACUAAGAGACUCAGAAGCUACAGAAAAAGAUGAAUCGGUGUCUGAGGAGGGAGAGGAGGAACUAGAAGAAGAGGAGGAAGAAGAAGAAGAAGAAGAAAAAAAACUUGAGGCGGAAAGACAAAAACUACAUGAGCAGUGGUUGCUGAGAGAAGAAAAGGCCCAAGAAGAGUUCAAGCUUAAGAAAGAAAAAGAAGAGGCUGCAAGAAAACGUCAAGAAGAAGAGGAGAGGAAGAUCAAAGAAGAAUGGGAAGAGCAGCAAAGAAAAGAGAGAGAAGUGGCACAGCAGAAGCAACAGGAGAAGAGAGAGAGAGAGGCAGCUGUGCAGAGGAUGCUGGAUCAAGCUGAAAGCCAGCUGGAGAAUGGUGUGACCUGGCAUAACCCAGAGCCCCCGGAGAAUAUAGGAACAGAGAAGGAUAGAGCGAAUUGCCCAUUCUAUAUUAAAACAGGUUCCUGCCGAUUUGGAGACAGGUGUUCUCGCAAGCAUAACUAUCCAACAUCAAGUAAGACACUACUCGUCCGAGGGAUGUUCAUUACUUUUGGUAUGGAGCAGUGCCGAAGAGAUGACUAUGACACAGAUGCAAGUCUUGAGUACAGUGAUGAGGAGACCUACCAGCAGUUCCUGGAGUUCUACGAGGACGUACUCCCUGAGUUUCAGAACGUGGGGAAGGUUGUUCAAUUCAAGGUCAGUUGCAACUACGAGCCUCACCUGCGAGGAAAUGUCUACGUCCAGUAUCAGUCGGAGAAGGACUGUCAGGCAGCUCUUGCUCUAUUCAGUGGACGAUGGUAUGCAGGUCGACAGCUUCAUUGUGAAUUUUGUCCUGUGACAAGAUGGAAAACUGCUAUAUGUGGCUUAUUUGAAAGGCAGAAGUGUCCAAGAGGGAAACACUGCAACUUUCUUCAUGUAUUCAAAAAUCCAAACAAUGAGUUUUGGGAGGCCAAUAGAGACAUACGUAUUUCUCCUGAACGGACUAAUCAGUUGUCUAAAAACUCUGAAAGGAGAAACAGAUCGAGCCAUCGUGAUGACUAUUACAGCCGGUCAAGGAGAAGGGGCAGCCCAAGCUCAGAUCAUUCUUAUCGGAGAAACGGAGAACCGGAGAGAAAAAAGAACCGCCGCAAAAACAAGAGAAGGCGCCGAUCUGGCAGGUCAAGAAGUCGAGAAAGGAGGAGGUCUCGCAGCAGGGGGAGGAAGAGGAGAGGCCGCAGUCGCAGCAGAAGUCAUAGUCGAACACGCAGUAGGAGCAGAAGUCGGAGUUCCUCUCGAUCCAGGAGCAGGGGUAAAAAGAGAUCGAGCAGCAGAGGAAAAAACAGCGAAACUCCCAAAACAAAGUGAGAAUUACUUUUAGAAGUUGCUAAUUGAUCAAACAUAAAGCUGACAAAGAAAUCCUUCCAAUAGGGCACCAGAUACAUUUGAGUUUCAAAUAAAGUGUUCUUGCACAUUACAAUGUUUCUUCCUAAUAAAGGAACCUAGUUUAUUGUGUGCUAAGCUUCAGAAAAUUGGAAGUUUAAGUCCUAUAUAAGGUGUGAAUGUCAAGUACUCUAGCUACUCUGUCCCUCUGAACUGCUGCAACAUCUGGAUGCAUACCGAGUACAAAUAGAAAGAGAAGUAAAGCUUAUUUGGUAUAUGCUUAUUUCUGUGUUAUGUGUGUGUUAAGUGUUUACUGUCCCUGUAAAGGAGUUAGCACAGAACAGCCAUCGUGCUGUAAAUUCACACCACAGCAUACUGCAAACUGAAGUCUGUGUAGAGGACUGCCGUUUAUAUUUUCCGUCUGUUUAUGGGAAAUCUCUUUCUAGUCAAAGUAAAUAUAAUCAUGUUAUGAGUUGGAGAAAAGGGAUCUAAAAGACAACACUGUGUGAUUGUACAAUACUUGCCCAGUAGGAGCUUUGUGGUCAUAAGUGUCGGAUUUUUCUCUUUCCCCCUGACUGAGCUGCUGAGCUAAUUGCCUGUAGGGAUUGCAGGAGACUAAAACCAACUAAGAAGUGCACAGAAAAACAAUCACUUUAUUCAGUACCUUAAUCGCCGAGUAAGAUGGAGACCAUGCACUUGUAAUCCUCAAGGGAGGACAGAAAAUACUUUGCAUACCUCUUGGUUGCAUACCAUUUGUAGUUGAAAACAACCUUCCUAACCUGUGAUGGAGUGCUGGAAAAGUGUACAUCUGGUAACUGUAGAUACACACGUAGACGCGAAGGCUCAAGAUGGUUGCAGAGUGGCUAAAGAAACUGAAGGGUUUGUACCUGGAAACAAUACUUUAGGUUUUUUGGAGAGGAGGACUUGACUUAAAGCCUUUAUAGGCUUAUUUUACAAACAGUUUAAGGCACCCUACUGCCUAGCCUCCCUAUGGUCAAGGCGGAGAGCAGGGUACAUAAAAAUGAAGUUAUCAGGACAAAACUUUUUUGUAAUGAAAGUUAUAUUAGCAAAGUACCUGCAAUUAGAUAAAUCCUUACAAAUAUUUCUUCACUUUCAAAUGGAAGAUUUGUGCUGUUAGAUGGACUGUACUUCACACUGCUUAACUUCAGGUAUUUAACUUGGGCGCUUAGGUGUCCUUGGGUGCUUGGAGAGAGCAAUUUGUGGCACUGCUGGUAUCUGCAGAGACACCUCCCUCCCUUAAACCUCUCCAAAGAACUUGUGCUCCUGCUGAAGUUAGAAGCCUAAAAUAGAUGUGAAGUGCUCCCAAAUAGAUGACUCCAACAUUAUAACAUAAAGUCCCGUAGAAAAUCUGGAUACCCAAACUUCAAGAUAGUAUUCCUCACAGCAAGACCAUCUUCCCCCCAGGAUAGUUAAGAGUGAACAAACAUUGCUUCUGGAUCUAAUAUAUAUAUUUUUGCUUUUCUAAAUGCAUACUGCACCUAGCAUGCUAAUUAUACAUUUUUCCCUCUUUCAUGUGUAA